CAAAAUUCAGAUCCCUUUAUUUUCGGCAUGAUUCGACUCCUUUCUUCAAAACCCAUCGAAUUAUACCCAUUUCAACGAGUUCCGACCAUUUCCAGGUAUGUUACGGUCCCCGCGACUAGUACGAGUCGCGCCAAAGAGGGUGCUCCCCUUAGGGAUUGGCAUAAAGGGAGAGAAUAACUUUGUGUGCCAAUAAAGGAAAGGCGUAGGAGGUGAAGCUUAAAGAGGGACGAAUUUUUGAGUAAAAUAACUAGAAAAAAUGUCGAUUGUAUUGAAGAGAUUGUUUGAUUAUUAAAACCCUUUAAGCGCUGUUCGAUAACUAAAAUUGAAGUAUU